UCUCUCUCUCUCUCUCUCACUCUCUCUCUCCUGGCUGAGAGCGCACAGCUCCACGCACAGAUCAGAUGUACGGUUCCACGGGCUGCGCGAGCGCAACAAUCUGAUGUAGAACUACUUUGAUUCCACAAAGUUCCACAGCGGCAGAGCCACACGCGGGAGGUGAGCGCGAGAGGACUGACUGGUUCCACUCUCACAGGCGGAUUUUGGUGCCGAGGUCCACAGCGGCCAUGCCGUUUGGCUGUUUGACACUCGGGGAGAGGAAGGAUUACAACAAUCCUUCAGAUGUGACAGACAAAUAUGACUUGGGUCAGAUUGUUAAAUCAGAAGAAUUCUGUGAGAUAUUUCGCGCCAAGGACAGAACCACCAUGAAAAUGUACACGUGUAAAAAGUUCCUGAAAAAGGAUGGAAGGAAAGUUCGCAAGGCUGCGAAAAAUGAAAUCUUUAUCUUGAAAAUGGUGAGGCACCCCAACAUUCUCCAGCUGGUGGACGUCUUUGAAACCAAGAAGGAAUACUUCCUAUUCCUUGAACUUGCUACAGGCAGAGAAGUAUUUGACUGGAUACUCGACCAAGGUUACUACUCAGAACGAGAUACCAGUAAUGUGGUGCGCCAGGUGUUGGAGGCUGUUGCCUACCUCCACUCCCUGCAUAUUGUUCACAGAAACCUCAAGCUGGAGAACUUGGUUUACUACAACCGCCUGAAGCACUCUAAAAUAGUCAUCAGUGACUUCCAUCUGGCCAAGUUGGAGAACGGACUGAUCAAAGACCCCUGUGGGACACCAGAAUAUUUGGCCCCAGAGGUGGUUGGCAGACAGCGAUACGGCAGGCCAGUGGACUGCUGGGCUACAGGGGUCAUCAUGUACAUACUGCUGUCAGGCAACCCGCCUUUCUAUGAUGAAACUGAUGAUGAUGAUUAUGAAAACCAUGAUAAGAACCUGUUUCGGAAAAUCUUGGCUGGUGAUUAUGAGUUUGACUCUCCAUACUGGGAUGAAAUCUCUGAUUCAGCUAAAAGUCUAGUUGCUCAUCUAAUGGAAGUGGAUCAAGACCAGAGACUGACAGCCCAGGAGGCUAUAAACCAUGAAUGGAUUUCGGGAGGUGCAGCUUCAAAUAAGAAUAUCAAGGAAAAUGUAUGUGCACAAAUAGAGAAGAACUUUGCACGAGCUAAAUGGAAGAAAGCAGUGCGAGUCACCACCAUGAUGAAGAGGCUGAGAGCACAUGACCACAGCAACUCAAUGGCGAGCAGUUCUGCAGCAGGCGCGCCUGGUAACCCUGCAGCUCCAGUGGUAGCCUCCAACCCCAUCGCAUCGUCCUCUGGCCCUGAGGGAUCUGAGGGACGUACAGCUGCAGUCACAGAGCUCCCUGUCAGAAUGCAGAUAAGCCAACCGGUGGCGGACGCUGGAGCCCAGGCAGCCGCAUUACCCGCUGAGCCACAGCAGCCCAGCCCGGCGCCACAGGAGGCCGUGCCCACAUCACGUUGUAAUGGAGAAACUUCAGCAUCUCUCCAUGUAGCUACUGAGGGCGGAGACAAGUACUAGUGUCAAACCGCCUGUGCUUUGAUCGCCGCAGUUCCCACCAACCCGCACACACUGUACAUUAGCUGCUAGCAUGGUGACAUUGACUCAGCUUCUUUCACACGUGCAACAUCAGUAUCAUCUCAUAGAAUCUGUGCGCUACGUUUCCCGAGUGCCGCAUUGCAUUGGCUUUGUUUUUAAUUGUAUUGCAAGUAUUUGGUUUUUUUUAACAAUGACCCUCUGGUGUUUCUGUCAGACUUUCUAAAACACAGCCAGCUCUCCACACUUGUAAUUUAGGGGCAGAAGAUUUGCUGUCAAGCUGUAGCUUACAGCUGAAGACUUUCUGGUUCUUUUGCUGAUGAGAGGGCAUAGUGUGACAUAAUUGUACUAAAACCAGCUUUGAUUUCUUUUUAAUGAGCUAACUUGGGGAAACUCUCUGCUAGUCUUGCAAUUACAGUAUUUGUUCUAAGAAUCACUAGGGUAGACUUGUGUUUGAUAUUUUUUGCUGCAGACAUUGUUAGUAUGUACCACACAGAGAUGCUCACACACAAUUACAGUAUUGUGCAUCAAACUGUGCUGACAUUAGUUAGUGGGAAAAUUUUUUUGCCCAAUGUGUUGAAACUUCACACAUUAACAUGAGGUUCCUUUGCUCAUUUCCUGCUCAGGAAAGAAUCUCAUAGCUGUAAUAUUGUGUACAUAGAGACCUUUAUAGAAGUAGCUAAACAGCAUGCAUUCAUACUUUCCACCAUUCAUAUUACUUUCCUUGUGACUUGGGUGACAGAGACAUUGUGCUAAUGCCACGCCUUUCUUUAACAGAAGCCAUGUUGAGGUAAAUAUUAUUUUUAUUAAUACUGUCAUUUACAUAACUUGCCCACUGCAAAUGUUAUAUUUUAAAACAGUGUUAUGAUAUAGCAGCUCUAUGCAUCCACAUUAAUUUGUCACCUUUGUUUUCAGAAACCUCACUAACGACACCACAAUAUCUUUAUCGAGCAUAUGAGAGGAUUUUUAAAAAUUUUGAAAUAAUGUAUCUUUCUGAUUAUAAGACAACAUGUUUGUCUUAGAAAUACAUA